AUUGUGAAUGGCUUACUAAUUUCUCUGUGGAUGGACGGGACGGUAAACGUGGCAAGAGAUUGAAGGUUUGUCUUUAUUUGCGAUCUUGGCAUGGACAAACAAACAAUGAGUUCGUGCUUUGAGAGGUGACAGACCGUCUAGACUUGCUUUCCGUUAUUAGCGCGUGGAAGACACUUCCGACCCCAAUAGAUCUAGUGUCUCAUGAAUACCAUAUGCCCCCCAUGUGGUGGGAUUUCCAACUCAGCGCGUGUCUACACUCUCUCUACUUUAUGCUCGCCGGGUAAAGGAAGACACAGCGUCAGGCUGUCACGUAUGUAUCGGCCCGGAUGCAAAUGAUAGCAGCAAAACACAAUUUUGAUUAUUUACGUAUAAUAAUGUUGGAGUACACUAGCAGAACCACCGUCGUGCGGCACGUGACCUUUGUAUCCAGCCGCCUUGUCGGAGGUCCCCACUGCCUUUUCAGAGACAGAACUGGUCAUGCAGCGGACUGCUCCAUGCCCCUUGCCAAAAAUAUGUUUGUUUUCAUGUUAUUAUACUGUAAUAAGCUUAUGUUAUGUGGGAUUCAUCACCCCCUGAAACUUCAGGUUUUAGAAUUGGGGGCAUUGCUUUUCCAUAUCGCUGAUAUGAAAUGCUUUAGCGUGGCUGUUAAACCAGAUGACGCAACUUGUGGGCCGCCUACUUGGAUUGGUAAGGGCCUCACUUGUGUUUGCUUCAAGCGAAAGGGAGCAUAUGAACGAAUUUGCAUUAACUUGACCCCUCAACAGGAAGAAAGAUUGAAGAGGUUGAAGCAUAGGAUGAAGGUUUAUUUUGAUGCUUCCAGGCCAGACCACCAGGAUGCUUUGAGAGCUCUAUGGUCUGCCACAUAUCCUGAUCGGGAACUGAGUGGCUUAAAAUCUGAUCAAUGGAAAGAAAUGGGAUGGCAGGGAAGAGAUCCAUCUACUGAUUUCAGAGGAGCUGGAUUCAUUUCUCUGGAAAACCUACUGUUCUUUGCAAAGACAUUUUCAACAUCAUUUCAAUAUUUGCUAAAAAAAAAAGGAGGAAAACGAUCUGCUUGGGAGUAUCCAUUUGCUGUUGCUGGUGUAAAUAUCACAUUUAUGAUUAUGCAGAUGCUUGACCUUGAUUCCAUGAAACCUCGAACAUUUGUCAGGCCAGUUUUCUUACAGAUUCUGUCAGGUAAGAAGCAGCAGCUACAUCCAGUAAAAAUUAAGGUCAUACAGUCAUAUCCUAAAGAGCCCUAUGCAACUCCAGUUCAUUAG